AUGGAAGCAUCAUCUUUACAAUCGAAAAAUAUAUCAACAACACAAGCUUCAACAUCAAAUCUAACUACAUCUUCAACACGUUCGUCUUUACCAUCACAACAGAAGAUCACAAAAAAACGAAAAACAACUCCGAAGAUUGUUGCAUCAGAUCGCCGAGACAUCAACGUAAGAUCACAAAUAGGUGGUCAUUUAUGUGGUAUCAGACAUGCUGGAUUAGUGAAAUUGAUGGGUAUUAUGAAUUUACCGAGUCCCAUUCAAGAUGAAAGAUAUUCCAAAUGGGAUAGAGAUUUACUAAUUAUAGUAAAAUCAUUCACCGGAAGAUCAAUGAAGAAAGCAGUAGAGGAAACUGUAGCUGCUGAAAAUGGUACAGAAUUAAUGGUUAGUGGAGAUGGAUUCUGGCAGACUCGAGGUUUCCAAAGCAGACAUGGUGCGGCUGCUCUUUUUUCUUGUAACACAACACCAAAAGUACUGGAUAUAGAAACAUGCAGUAAAACAUGUGCACUUUCUAUUAAAAAAUCCAAUCCAGCUAAAUAUGAUAAUAUUAUUAGAUCGCAUCGAUGUGAAAAAAGUUCUGGUACAAUGGAAUCUGCUGCUAUUCUUACUAUGUUCAAACGAUCAGCUUCAAAAUAUGGAGUUUACUAUACUAAUAAAAGAAUGAAACGAGGAUUAGAAACAAUAAAACGUGAACAUGGACGAAAAAAAUUAUCUGGUGGUAAAACAAUUGGCGGUACAAGUCGUCUAUCUGUUCAUAAUAUACUUCGAUUACAAAUGACAUUUGCCUCCACCAUUCGAAAGUUCAAGCAUGAUCUGGAUUUAUUAUUUAACGGAUCUUGGGCAAUAUUUUGGCAUAAAUAUUCGACCAAUGAUGAUCCUCGUCAUGAUUAUUGCAGUAUCGAUUGGUGUGGCUAUUUGAAAUCUGUUCGUGAUAAAACUCCAUAUGAUCAUACGUCGCAUGCUUUACCUCGUCCUGUACUUGAUGCAAUUAAACCAGUUUUUAACAAUCUUUGUUCACGAGAAAGAAAAGAAAUUAAAAAGAUCGAAGACUUGAAUCAUUUUAGCAAAAGAAUGAAACGAGGAUUAGAAACAAUAAAACGUGAACAUGGACGAAAAAAAUUAUCUGAUGGUAAAACAAUUGGUGGUAAAAAUCGUCUAUCUGUUCAUAAUAUACUUCGAUUACAAAUGACAUUUGCCUCCACCAUUCGAAAGUUCAAGCAUGAUCUGGAUUUAUUAUUUAAAGGAUCUUGGGCAAUAUUUUGGCAUAAAUAUUCGACCAAUGAUGAUCCUCGUCAUGAUUAUUGCAGUAUCGAUUGGUGUGGCUAUUUGAAAUCUGUUCGUGAUAAAACUCCAUAUGAUCAUACGUCGCAUGCUUUACCUCGUCCUGUACUUGAUGCAAUUAAACCAGUUUUUAACAAUCUUUGUUCACGAGAAAGUCUUACACGUGUCAUGGAUGCUUCAACNAAUGGAAUCUGCUGCUAUUCUUACUAUGUUCAAACGAUCAGUUUCAAAAUAUGGAGUUUACUAUACUAA